GCUCCGCGCGCUCUCGGUCUGCACGCCAUCUUGGCUACCCGGUGAGGGUUGAGCGUCUUCUGGCAACGGUGGUAAGAGCCAAAUCCCAGGGAGUGGGGACUCAGAGUUAGGGAAAGGGGGAUACCUGCUGCCUGGGACAGCGGCCCACGAUCGGGGAGUCCGCCAACCGCUCACGAGUGGCCCGAGCAGCUCUCCGGGGAGUCCUCACCCGCGAGUUCCCGAGUGGCCCGGUUCAAGCUAGCCUACUCAGUUAAUCUGGGAGUGAGGUCUUCUCUGCCCCCCACACACCUGUAUAUCCAGAGAGUCACCAAAGGCUCGAAAGCAGAAUGGAGCACUACCGGAGGGCUGGCUCUGUAGAGCUCCCAGCCUCAUCACCAAUGCCCCAGCUACCUCCCGACACGCUGGAAAUGCGGGUCCGAGAUGGGAGCAAAAUCCGAAACCUACUAGGGCUGGCACUGGCUCGUUUGGAAGGAGGAAGCACAAGGCACGUGGUGUUCUCAGGCUCCGGCCGGGCCGCUGGAAAGGCCGUCAGCUGUGCAGAGAUUGUCAAACGGCGGGUUCCGGGCCUACACCAGCUCACCAAGCUUCGCUUCCUGCAAACUGAGGACAGCUGGGUCCCAACUUCACCGGACACGGGCCUGGACCCCCUCACAGUCCGACGCCAUGUGCCUGCAGUGUGGGUACUGCUUAGUCGGGACCCCUUGGACCCCAGUGAAUGUGGCUACCAACCCCCAGGUGCACCUCCUGGCCUGGGCUCCAUACCUAGUUCCAGCUGUGGUCCCAGACCCCGAAGGAGGGCUCGGGACACCCGGUCCUGACGAUCUGCUGGACCUGACUGUACUCUAGACCUGAGUAUCUGUGCCUUCUCUAAGAAGUGCUUGUGAUUGCUCACCAUGCCAGCAGAGUCCACAGAAGAACUUCCCCUCCUCUCUGGAAUGAGGGGUGGAACUGUUAAAAGCACUGGUGUGAGCGCAAGGCCCUGGGUUCGGUCCCCAGCUCCGAAAAAAAGAACCAAAAAAAAAAAAAAAAAAAAAAAAGCACUGGUGUGGGUCCGGUCAGUGCUGAGUUAAAGACUGCGUGAGGAGAGCUUACUCUGCCUCUAUAGUAUGUCUGACUUGCCUUUUCUGACUAGGGAAGGGAAAUAAAGGUUGUGCCGCUU